GGUUGUCAAAACACCAUCAACUUGGUUAUUAUGACAAUUUGUUAUUUCAUAAAAAUUGAGAGAAGAUCAAAUUUUCCGAAGAUUUGUACCGCUUCCAUUUCAUCAAAAUGGGAAGCGCUUGGGCAAGAUACACAAAACCAGAAGUGACACCAUACAAUGAAGAAAUAACAUUUGAUCCACUGUAUGGAUUUCCAAAUGGAAGGAAAGAAAGAGUCUUUUCAUUAACAGUGAUGAUUGCUACUGAAGCUGAAAUGAUUUCAGCAAAAUUGCCAAGAGAGGAACGAGAUUAUUGUGCUCAUACCAAAAUUGACUAUUUAAGAUGUAUUGCAGAUGUUUGGCCAUUGGCUUAUAAAUGUUCACAUGAAAAACAUGCCCAAGCAUUGUGUCAAUAUGAUGAUUAUAUAUUACGAAUGAAGGAAUAUGAACGUGAAAGACGGCUAAUGGUUCGCAAAGAACGUAUUGCUAAGAAAAAAGCAGCAGAAGCACUAGCAGCAUGAAACCGUUUUUUUAAAUAGUUCUGAUAGAAUUCAUUUACGAAAAAAUUCAAUGCAAUAAAGUAAAAUUUAAAAUGGAGAAA